UUGAUCAAUUUGUAUUUUUCACAAAUAUUGCCAUUUAAUUAUAUUCCUAACCUCAUUUUAAUAACUAAGAGAUCCAUAACUCGUAUUCUUAAUCCCAAGCCAAUAAAAAGUCAUAAACUGGCAGCCAGGAGGUCUAAUCAGUCCAGGUAAAGGUUGGUGUGUCCCGGUCCUGUCAGCAGACCAACAACAGGUACAGCUGAGAGAGGACGACACAGACAAUGACAGCGCUGGGCAGUGUUGUGAUUCAGGCGGUCUUGUUACUGACGGGGCUGGUCGUCGUUCAGGGAGAAACCAAAGCUGUCUCUAAAGACGAACCCAGGUUCUCAGAAUGGUCAGGUGAUGUGAGAGAAGACACCCAGGUGGGCUGUGUGUUUGGGGGGAGCUGUGUGCUGCCUUGCCGCUUCCAGCCAAACAGUGAUACCAUCCUCCACUGGGUCAAGAGGAAUGGGAAGAACGUUCAGGUCCACUCCUACUACGAUGACCAGGACCAACUGGGACACCAGGACCCUCUCUACAAGGGAAGGACCUCCCUGUUCCAUGACCAGAUCUCAGGGGGCGACGCAUCCCUUGGUCUGGCCAGGGUGAACCUCCAGGACCAGGGCAGGUACCUGUGUUACGCCAGCACUUCACAGUACAACCAGGAGACCUUCGUCACCCUGACAGUGAGAGCGGGAUCAUUUAGCACACCUUGGUUACAAUUAGGAUUCUAUUUUUAUGUUAUACUUUUAAUCAUCAUCAGCAUCAUCCUCAUCUUUUUACGUAUAAAAAGAAGGGUUUCUUUUGAAUUUUUUGUAUCAUUUUCUUUAAUAUUUGUGCUUGUAAAUUACUUCACAUUAUAUUUUAUUUCGUUCUUUGUGUCAUUUUCUCUUUUAUUUUUAAUUAAUUAAUUGAAAACGUUUGUGUGGUUAUUUCUGGGUCAUUCAUUAGUGAUGUGAUGGGUAGUUUUAUCUGUAUUAUAAUGUAAUAAUCAACCACUUUUAUAUAUUUUAGUUUACUAUAUACUGUAUAUUCAUGUUAAUGAUGUAUUUUGGUUUGUCUUUGUCUUCACUGCCUCACUGUGGGAGGUCUAAAAUGAGCGUGCUUCACCUCAAACACACGAUGCCUCUGGUGCUGCACAGAUGUGUUAUGUUGUACCCAUUAAGUUAAAGGUGAC